UCCAAACAUUAUCGAACUGACAGCUUGCAAUUAUUUCGGACAAUUUCCCAAUAGGUUCAUCAAUGGCGCUGGGUACUGGAGCUCCUACGCGGUACAUCGAUAUUGGAUAUUUCGUGUGCCUGUAGCCGGGUAUCGCUUUGGGUAUUCUUGUAUCCGAAUUCAUUUGAUCUCCAUUUGUCACUUCUUAGUUCUUGGGAUCCUUAGAAUUGACGCUAUAAUUUCGAUAUUCAAGGGCAUUUUGUUCGAUUACUGCCAUUGAAGCUAGAAGAGACGGAGAAUUGGACCAAAAUGGGAGACGAAGUGGAGAGCCGGCGGCGGCGGCGGCGGCGUCUUAUUCUGGAAAAUUUCUUAACCCGUGAAGAAUGCAGGGAACUGGAGUUCAUUCAUAAGAGCUGCUGUACGGUGGGUUAUAGACCAAACGUCUUCUCCACCACUCUUUUGCAUCUUGUUGCUACUAACUCUGCUCAUUUGAUCAUGCCUUUUGUUCCAAUUAGAGAGAGGUUGAAGGAGAAAGCGGAGGAAUUCUUUGGUUGUCAUUAUGAACUCUUUGUCGAGUUCACUGGCUUGAUCAGCUGGACCAGGGGAGCAAGCAUUGGAUGGCAUAGUGAUGAUAACAGACCCUAUCUAAAACAACGUGACUUUUCAGCAGUGUGUUACUUGAAUAGUUAUGGAGUUGAAUUCGGAGGUGGGCUGUUUCACUUUCAGGACGGGGAACCAGAAACUAUCUCACCUUUUUGUGGAGAUUGUGUGAUGUACACGGCUGACAGCGACAAUGUUCAUUCUGUUGAUGAGAUAACCAAUGGAGAAAGGCUUACACUGACAUUAUGGCUCACCCGUGAUAGUUCCCAUGAUGAAGAUUCAAAACUCCUUUCCCUUCUUUCACAAAGCCAUUUGCACGAUCGUCUUCCUGACUCACGCCUACCGCAGCCUCCAUCCUGUAAUAUGUAUUGGUUUUCACUGGAAGACGAUCCAAAUUUCAAGUCCGGUUUUGAUAUAUGCUGGGCAAGACUGCAUGCGCUUGGAUACGAUAUCUAUUUUCGUGGGGACCAUAGUUUUUCAGAGUAUCCAGAUUUAUUCUCACGGGACGUACAAUUAGUACAGGGAAAUAAGUUAUUCUUUCAGGAAUUUGAGAACAUCCUGCAUUUGCUUCAGGUAGUGCAGUUCCUGUGUUGGAAAGGCAAAGAACUUGAUUCUACCAACAUCAAGGAGGAUUCAAGCUAUGCAGAAUAUUUAUCCCCAAAGAGGAAUGUGGGAGUCAGUUACUUUAAAUCCGAGUUUUCGAAGGAUGAUGUGUUGGCCGAAUCGGUCUUCUCAUCUGCUACUUCUGAUGGCAAGGAGAACCAACACUGGCUGGGGUGGGACAAGCUUGCUGCUGCUGCAGCAGCUUGGGAAGAUUAUGCUUCCAUUUUAAGGAGAGAACUCCUUGGGAGCUUGAGCUAUUGGAGAAACAGUCAAUCCAUAUACAGUGUUUCACUUAGUAGCUGAAUCUCCCAUUUGUGAUAAAGUAACCAUCCCAAAUGCUAGAAGUAGCUGAGCUUCAAGGUUAGUUGUGGGACUUUGUAUUGCUUAACUAGAGUUUAUUGGAUCCUUAAUGUUAAAAGGUUAAAAAUCAUUUUUAGUCCCUAAACUUUCAUAAAAGUAAUAAUUUAGUUUAUGAACUUUGGUUUGUAACGAUUUGGUCCUUGUAUUUUCAAUUUUGUAACGAUUUAGUUCAUGAACUUUACUACGUAAUAAUUUAGUCCCUGUAUUUUAAUAUUUAUAACGAUUUAGUCCUUAUUGCAAAAAUUAAUGUUAAAAUUUAAUGAGAUUUCUUGGAUAAAUAAACCGAUAAACUAAUAAGAGAAUCAAUAUUUUUAUAAAAUAUAAAGUCUACAUCAUAAAACAAUAAAAGUUGACUUUUAAUUUUGGUGAACUUUUUUACACAAGGGACUAGAUUGUUACAAAUUUAAAAGUACAAGGACGAAAUUGUUACAUGUCAAAGUUGAGGGACUUAAUUGUUAUAAAAUUGAAAGUACAAAGACUAAAUCGUUAAAAACUAAAGCUCAGGACUAAAUUGGUACUUUUAUGAAAACCUAGGGACCAAAAGUGAUUUUUAACCUUAAUGUUAAAGAAUAAUGGAAACAACCACUUUUAAAACAGAAAAGAGGUUAUCUCAUUCAUUUUUCUAUUAGAGACUGAAUCUCUCAGCAACUUGUGUUGAUUUUCUUUGGUUCUCAGCACAUGGGUUGUUUAUGUAAAUCAAUAAAUAGUAGUAGAAGCAGGUUAGAAAAGAUUACAGAAAAAACAUGACUUGGAAAAGGCUGAGAGAGUAGAUGAGUUUGAAUGAGAAAGGUUUCCUGUUACUUCUUAGGAGUGGAUGUAAGCAUUAAAACGUUGAACCUUCAUUUUCUUCA